UAGGCAACCGGACGCUUCGUAGGAGCAGGAUCUUUUUUUCCUAUUAGCCCUCCGUUAACAAACUUUUACUGAGCAGAAUAAUAUCACUCUACAGAAAGCUUUAUGAAGUUCCCAUACAACUAAAACAGAGAUUAAUCGUCCCAAACUAAAAGGGAGGGGGUAGUAAUGUCUGUGGCUGAAGCCAAGGAUGAGUGCAAGAAGAGCACAGGAGCCAUAGAAGAAACAGGGGCUGAGAGAGUCCAGGAGACUCGGCAGUCUCAAGUUUCCACUGCAACCAGAGAAACGCUUUUCCAAAAAGAAAAACCUCACACUAGAACACAUGCACUGUCACUAGAAUGGGUGUUUGGGAGAAAUCCAAAACUUCCUGCCUUUUGUCUGCAAGACCACGAUCAGCUGGUGGUCUUCUACGCUGGAGCUCAUGUUGGGGUCAUAUACAAUCACACUUCAAACACCCAGCACGUACUUCAGGGUCACUGCCACCCCAUCUCAUGUAUGUGUGUGAGUGAGGACAGACGCUGGAUCGCAACAGCUGACAUAGGACGGGAAAGCACAGUCAACAUAUGGGACUCCUACUCCGGCAUUCCUGUGAAUACACUGUUUGAUUGCCACCCUAAUAAUGGGGUCAUUGCAAUGGCAUUUUCAAGUGACACAAAACAUCUGGUAACUCUUGGGGCUGACUCAUUUCAGCGCAUGUGUAUUUGGGAUUGGACACUUGAAACAGAAGAGCCUGUGCAGUCUACUGAACUGAAUCCUGGAUACGGCUUUCAAGAUUAUAUCAUUUUCAAUCCAAAUGAUAGCAGCCAGCUGCUCAGCAGCAGUGAAAGCCAAGUGCUAUUUCACAGUAUUGCCAAGGGGAGUCUGCAAACAUAUGCCCUGAAGCUUGAACAGUUUCAUGUAGAAGCAACCAGUUUUUCAGAUGCUGCUGAAUGUGCUGGACCUUCUCCUGAUAUUGCUGAAACUGUCAACAUGUCUGGACCCUCUGUGUUUCACUGGGGAGAGCCUAAGGUUGCAACAGCGAUGGCAGAAGGCAGUGUUGUGGUGUGGGAUUUGAUGGAAGACUUAGAUGCAAACCAAGGCCUCUCCAGAUAUGGAGUUUCCAUCAUUCGCCUUCAGAAAUAUCCAAUCACUGCUUUCACAGUGACCGACAGCUGUUUUGUAACUGGUGAUACUCAAGGCCAUAUCAAGUUUUAUGAUGAAAAAUUCCGCCUUCUCACUUUGUACACCCAACUAAACCUGGGUGCCGUUGCCUCAAUUUCCUUCUCCAAAGAAUGCACAGAGGGAUACUUGGAGGGCUGCACUCUGACAGAAACACCCUUUAUCUUCAGGAACUUUGUUGUGUCUACAUUCAGCACCAAAGUUGCACAUGUUUCUGCACAAAAAGGCACCCAUCAGCUACUCCAGCAUUAUUGCGAGCCUGUACAUGCAGUGGCCUGUCACCCCAAACAGCCGUCCGUGGCCAUGGGGAAUCACAGGGGUCUUUUAAAAGUGUGGGACUAUAGCAGUAAAGUGAUCAUUUGCAGUAGAGUCUUUGAGACAGAGACACAGAUACAGUGUGUCACAUUUGACCCUCAUGGAUUAUACCUGGCAGUUGGCUUUGGCAGUGGAGCUGUUCACAUACUUAAUCCCAAAACUUUGCAAAGUCAUCCAGAGGAGUGUUUCAAUUACAGUAAAGCUAGCAUCAAUCACAUUUCUUUCUCCUCGGACUCAAAGUAUCUCGCUACAGCGGAUGCUGGAAAAGCGGUGACGGUGUUCCGCCUGCAGACUAAUAAAGACUCCUUGGCUCAUUGGACAUAUUUGGGCAGAUAUCAGUCUCACUACAAGCCAAUCAUUGACCUUCUUUUUGGUGUUCACCUUGACAGCACCCAACCCAGACUGCUCUCUCUGGGAAUGGACCGCCGACUGGUGGAGUAUGACCUGGAAAACAGUGACGUGCAUAAGCUUCUCAUCUUAAGCUCAGAGCGCAUUGAGCAAAGUGCUGUGCCAACAUGCAUGACUUGGUAUCCUCCCCUCAGCGCAGAGCAGUUUCUUCUGGCUACCUCAGACCAGUACAAGAUGAAGCUUUUUAACAGCACCACCAAGAUGUGCAGAAAGACUCUCCUUGGCCCCAGAUAUGACUCUCCCAUUAAGAGAAUAAUUGUCCUUCCUGGGUCCAGAGAACCAGAGACAAACUCAUAUUAUCUGGCAUUCAUCACGGAGGACAAGCUGGGUCUCCAGAUUUUGCCGCUGGAUGGGAACCCCUACAAGUCAAAUGCUUUGACUUGCCACCCAACAGGGGUGUCUACUUUUGCUUGCUCCUACGAUGGCCGUUUCAUUUUCACAGCUGGAGGAUCUGACUGCACCGUCUUAUCAUGGGAGAUAAACUUGAAUGCACUGAAGGCAGCAGCUGCCUUGGGAGGACAGGACCUGGAACCCUUUUACACUCUUUUAGUAGGAGGCAGAGAUGGCAAGUUCUACAAGGAGAUGGAGGAGUUUUUCUUCUUCUGCCAAAUCCGUCAUCAAGGUAUUGACUCAAUGGAGAAACGACGGGUGUCAAACAAAAUCCCCCUGUCAGAGGUGCCAUCUUUAAUGAGAGCUUUGGCCUUUUUCCCCACAGAGCAAGAGAUAGAAGAUAUGCAUAACGAGGUCAAGUUUAGCAAGUAUGCAGAAACAGGGAAAUACGUGACGGACAUCGACCUGGAGGAGUUUAUCAAGCUGUAUGUAAACCACCGACUUGUCAUCACUAGCAAUGAGCUAGAUCAAGCUUUUCACGUUCUUGGUGACCAUGAUCUCACAGGACAACCAACUCUGCAGAAACAUGAGCUGCCAGAGGUCUUACAGGCUCGAGGCGAACACAUGACUGAGGAGGAGGUGGCAGAAUGUUUCACCACACUUUUAGGACUCAACGAAGGGGAAGAGGAUGAGGACAAAGAAGGAGGUGGAGAUCCAGAAUAUUCCCUGCAGUGUGCUAUACCUGAUGAGAUAUCUAUGGAGACAUUUACAAAUCACAUCCUUGGCUUCCCAUCUUCAGCAGAGCAGAGAAACGGCUCCUCUCCUUCAAAGUGAUGACAGCAAAAUACUUGCUAGAAAAGGACAGAACAUUUUGAUGAGGAACCUUAGACUCUUUUAAGAGGUUGCUUUCCACAACAUGUGUCUAAAUCAAAACAAGAUGGAUGAAUAUUAAGUUAAAACCCCUUGUUCUCAAGCAAAACAGGGCUCUAAUACUAUUUGUUAUGUUACUCAUUAAUUAAUCUGGUAUUACAGCUAAGUCUAUACACUUCAAACACUCGGAAUACUUGGAAUUUUUUCUUAAAAAAUUAAAUUAUAAAUGCAUUAUUAAAUUAGUCACCACUUCGUGAUAAUGUAAAGGAUAACAAUACAUGUCCCAUCAGUAGUGAAUAGCAGUACCACCCUUCUCUUCUUGAACUCUGCUUCAGAGUGAUCCAAGCAUGAUGAUGUUGAAACAUCCACAUAUUUCAGUAUCAUAUGUCUUUGGUUCUACAUUUAAAUUUUUCUCUUUUUUAAUACAAGAACACUCCUUCCAAGAGAAUAUGUUUGGCUUGAUAAAAACUUGAUUAACAGGUACAAUAGUCCCUGAUCUACUAAAGACCAACCUUGUGAUUAGAAAACACUUUAGGAUGUGCCCUGAUUUCAUGCACAUGAUGGUAAGUUUCUCCCAGCAGAGAUGUCAAUAUUGCACAGAAUAAGGGCAGAGUUUAAAUGAACAGUAAAAUGUUUUCUUUUGUUUUCCUAAAACUGACGGUAUUUAUUUAGUUCCCAGUGUGUAUAUCCAGCUGUAAUGCUGCUAUGUUUCACUGUUUCAAACAAGAAUCCCCUUUCUUUGUGUCAGUCUGUCACUCAGUGAGGAAACUUGUCUAGCUCAGGCAUAAACAACAUAAUAAACAUUCAUUUGAACUUCAUCACCCCCAUUAAGAAAUCA